AUGCCGCAGCUGACGAGGCCGUUCCUGCCGACCGUGGAAGACGCGUCCGUAGCCGGCAACGACGCUGUUUUUCUCGACGAGUGCCCCAUCUCGUUGAUGACGAUGGGCCGGAUACGCGAGGGACCGAAGAUGUUGGGCUUCGUGAGAAACGAAGUAUUGGCGUUCUUGAAUGAACUCAUCGAUCGUUCGAAGAUCGCGGUGCCCGAUGUUACGGCGCUGGUCUCGUACGUGCGGAGCCUCGCGCAGUUCGUCUCGAACGUCAGCUACUCCGCCGAGAUCGACCUCACCCAAAGAUUCUUCGCUGCGCACAACGGCGAUCGUCCCGUCUAUUAUUACCUAAUGACGUACAAAGACUUUCCGCGUCACUUGCUCACUCCGUAUCAAGGGAACGUUUCCACUCACGGCGACGACAUCGCUCUUCUGUUCGUUUCUCGAGAAUUCGGGAUCGCCGGUUCGACCGAUCCGAACGAUCGCCUGAGCAUCUUCAGACGCCGUUUCGUCCGGUUGUGGGUGAACUAUGCGAAGCACGGGGAUCCUACGCCCGCGUUUGCCAAUCCCAUCGACGUGGUUUGGGAACCGUCGGGAGCGCUCGGACGACAGCUCGACAUCGGCUCGUCGUUCGAAAUGAGAAACCGAGCGUUGAGAGACUCCCUUCCCGAGAUCUUGUUCUACUUGCUCCUACCGAAUGUCUCCGGCUGCCACAAAGUUUCGUACGAAACGUCGUACGAUCAACUUUUCCGCAACUGA